CAGAAUUGUCAAUUUCUAAAAAAAUUGAUUAUUUUUACAUUUUAGUUUUACUUUUUCGACAAAUUUGUUCUUUUCUGAUUUAACAUAAAAGUAAUAGAAUAAAAUGAAAUAAAUUAAAAUUUGUAUAAUUAUUAAUAUUAAGAUAUUUACAAUCGUUCAUUCCGGCCUGUUUAUUAUUAUCUUCGAUACAUUGACAGGUAAAAUAUAUGUAAUUGUUAAUUUGUCUAUGGUCUGUCUAGAAUUAGGCAGAUCUUAGUACCGAUUAUUUUAGUUUGUGCAGUUAUAGCUAUGCAAUAUAUUAAAAAUAUUUACUCACUGAUUAGUUAAUUUAUAGGUAGUUUAAUAAAGUGCAUUAAUUAUAACAUAUGUAAUUAAUAUUUUUCACUAUUAAAUUUUGAGUAAUAAUUUUUAUUGUAUUGUUGUGUGCAUAUUAUUAGUGGUUCUAUAAUUAUAAUUUUGAAAAAUAUUAAAAUUUAUUCUCCAGGACAACUACCUGAACAAAUAAUUGAAAAUGUGUCAUUCUUUAGUAUACAUAUUUAUAUUGAAUAUAUGAUAUGUGUGUCUGUGUUUGUUUAAUAUUUUAAUGUCGUCACCUAUGAAUUAUUUAUGCUAUAAUUAUUAAUUUUUAUUGUUAAAACCAAUUAAACUAGAUUAGAUUUUUUUUUACUAAUAGUUAAUUUAUCGUCGUUAUCACGAUUAUUGAUGUAUAAUUUAUUCCCAUAAUUUUAUAUUAUAGGUUGUGAUCAAAUAUUGAAGUAGUUCUGUAACUAAAAUGUCACGAAUUGUAAACUCUAAUGAACAUACAGUACACGAGUACAUAAAUAGAAAUGCCGAAACAGAUAAUAUGCAUCCUGCGAUAUUAAGAUCAGAAAUAGAGUCAAGACCUAUGAGACCCAGAACCUAUGUUCCUAAUUCAUUGCCUCUUACUAAUACUUCUGGUAAAUUAUAAAAAAAAUUAAAAAUUGUUUUGUUAAUUUAUCUGUAUUUUAUUUAAGCUCCUAGAGGUUAUACACCCAGUCCUACUCAAAAUGGAGAAAUUUCACAUCAAAAAUUUCCUACUUCUAAAAUUGAUGUUAUUAAAAAUUGGAGUGUGUCAACAUAUAAAUGCACCAAACAAUUAAUUAAUGAAAAACUUGGAAAAUCAUCAAAAACUGUUGAUAUAGGCAAGAGCAUUUAUUUGUGUGAUGUACUUAAAUGAUUAGUAUUAGUAAACCUUAAUUUGAAUAUUGUAGAAUUGGAGACUGAAAUUGAACAAUUGAGAGAAACACAAAAAAAAUAUGGAAAUAUUUUGAAGUUAGCUAAAAGUAUGGCAACACAAUUUCAAUGUUUUAUUCUAACCCAAGUAAGAUAUAGGUGGAAUUUUAUUUGUUAGUAUUGUUUGUUUUAUUAUAGAUAAAUUUAUUAAAUUAGAGCAUAUCAUUUGUUGCCAAAUUUAAAGAAAAAAACAUGAACUUAUAAAAUUCUUUAAUUUUGUUUAAAACAAAUUUGUAUAAGUUAUUUUCUUCUAUAUAAAUUUAUAUUUUAUUUUAUAAUAACUCAAGUUUACUAACUAUUUAAUUAUAAUUACUUAUUUUUAAAUAAGUAACAAUCAUCAAUAUUUUGAUUUAAUAUCUGGUGAAAAAUCCAAAUUACAAAACUACAGGUUUAUCUCAAUUCUUCGUCACCUUUCAAAGCUAUUCGAAUCUCUUGUUUUUAUUGGUAUUCAGCCUUCUGUCAACUUUAUUCUUAUGAAUGAACAGUAUGGUUUUAGACCUGGCUGUUCUGCCAUUAUGAACCCCAUUGCUCUUAACAAUUUAAUUUUAGAGACCUUUGAAAGCAAAUCUCAGAUUGAUUUACUGAUUUUGCUAAAGCAUUGAUAGUGUAGACCGUAAAAUCUUCUAAUAUUGUACUAAAUGUAUGAUUAUGACCUCAACCUCAGGGAUUCCGCAAGGUGGAUACCUUUUUCCUUUGCUCUUCUCUUUAUGCAUUAAUAAUAUCAAACAAAUCUUACCUAAUUGCAAUCUUGCAUAAUGCGAUUAGCUUAUUUCCUAAAUUACAUCAGUUUUCACAUAGGUUAGUAGAAUUUAAAACUGCUGUUACUUAGAAACUAUUCAUCAAAUAUAAAUGGGUGAUUAUUAAAAUUUUCCGAAAAUAAUAAAAUAAAGUUUUUUCAAAUUUUUUACUAAAAAAAAAAAAUUACUUCAAAUAUAAAUAUUUGUAUUCAUCAUCUUUGUGAGUAAAUAUAAAAAAAAAAACAGAAUUUGAUUAUGUAUAUUACCUUUGGAGAUAUUCAAGGGGUUUUUCUUUGUAGGACAGCUUGUAUUAUAUAAUCAAAAGUUUUAAUAAUUUAGCGAGUCUAACUGUUAAAUACAAAUUUAAAUAAUGUUUCAUUUUCAGAAUGUUAAAUUAUAAAUUACUUAUUUAUAAUCUUAGUAUUUCCUAUUAUUUUCAAAUAUUCAUUGGCUUCAUAAAAGUUGUAUUACUAAGGUAUUUUUAUUUUCUUGUCCCUCAAUGUUGAUCUAGAUAUAAAUAAUUUUUGAAAUCUUAUUUUAAAAAAUAAAGUAUACUAAAUACAUCUUAAUAUGUAUCAUAUAUUUUAAUUUUAAUGUAUAUUUUGUUUUUUGUUAAGCAAUCACUUGGGGAAGCAUUUGCUGAAUUGGGACAAAAAUCACCAGAACUGCAGCAAGAAUUUGUGCAGAAUUCAGAAACUCAAAAAUGUUUAUCGAAAAAUGGUGAAAGUCUUUUGAAUGCACUUAAUUUUUUUGUUUCUUCAGUUAAUACCUUGUGUAAUAAAACCAUUGAAGAUACUUUAAUUACAAUAAAACAAUAUGAAUGCUCUAGGUAAUCAAUAAAAUAUAUUACUCUAUAUUUGUUUGUAAUCAUUAUAAAUUAUUUUUAUUUUUUUUAGAAUUGAAUAUGAUGCUUAUCGUUCAGACCUUGAAAUGUUAGCACAAAUGCCGAGAACAGAUACUAAUACAGUUCGUGUUGAUGAUGCUCAGCAAAAUUAUCAGCGACAUAAGGAAGAAUUUGAAAAAUUACGUUCAGACGUUAUUGUUAAGUUAAAAUUUCUUGAUGAAAAUAGGGUAAGCAUCAUUUUACAAAACAUUUAAUAUUGAGAUUAGUUCCAAUAAAUUUAUAAUGUUUACUUCUGGCAUUUAUUUUUCUCAUCAGUGUUGGCCUGAUCAUCGAAAGGUCCAUGCAUGAUUUCUUUUUUAGGAACCCAACCUACCUGACCACUCGUGCAUUAUUGUUUUCAUUAUUCAUAUUUGUGUUUAUUAGAUAAAUUAAGUCAUCAGAUAUAGUUCAUUUCAAUUUUUAUUUUUUAAGAGUCAAUACAAAUUGUAAUUUAUUACAAAUUAAAAUAAAUGUCACCUUUGUAUGUAUAAUUACUUUUGGUAUAAAAUAUGAUUUUAAAUAUUAAAAAGACGUCCUAGUAUAAUGGAGACGAGUGCAGCUACUGUUAUUGGUAAUUUAAUGUUUAUCUGUAAGCAAUGGUAAACUAUUGCUAACGAAAAAAUGAUUCUGAGCAGAGUUCAUUCGAUAGUGAUGCUUUAUCAACAAUAUGUAAUAUGUCAUAUUAUAGUAAAAUAAUUAAAUAGGCUUUAUAUAUUUUUUUUAAUAAUAUUUGUUUAAUGUUGUACCUUUUUUCCCGGUUUCCCAUGUUUUUUUUAAAUUUUUUGUUUUUCACAUUUGUUGGGAAAAUUGAAAUAUUACCUUCCUAAAGUACCUCCCCAAUCAGAUUUCCUUUCAGAAAAAUUGCUAUCAUAAAUUGAAGUCAAAUUGCUGGUAGAAAAGUUGUUCACAGAAAAAUAAAAGGCCAUAAUAUAUUUUAACUAAUACCUACAUUUCUUAUAAUUUCCAGUUUUUUUUCUUCAGUGUUUCAAAUUUGAUAAGAAAACUCUUGAGAAAAUCAAAAAGUAUCUCCUCAAUCAAAUUUCUUUUUAGAAAAAUUACACCAUUUAAGUGUUAAUAUUACAACAAUUAUCAUAAAUUGAAAAAAAAAAGUGCAUGGAAUCUACGUGACUAUAUUAUGAUACUAUCAGUUAUAUUAUGAGAACAGCCAGUUUAUUUUCGAACUUUUCUGAUUAUUAUUGAAAUAUACUAUACUUGCUUAUACUUACUUAUAUUAUAUUAUUGUUGCAUUUGUGGUGUUGAAAUAAUUCCUGAAGUUUGACACAAAUAUUGUGCAACGCCCUAUACCAAAAUAGUACCAACCUGGGUACUCAUAUUUCUCCAAAUUCAAACUUUAUUUUAUUGACUGUUGCUCGUUUAUUUGGGAAAAAUUAGACUAUGUGUUGGUGUGUCGAUUAUUUAUAAAUUAUAAUGUACCCAUGAACUCUGUGCAUAUAUGGUAGAAAAAAAAAUUAGGGGCCCAGGCAGCAAUCACUGCCUUGACCAGGGUGACACUGCUUCUCAUUCAUUUAAAGUAUCAAUAUCAUUAAAGGUAAAAUAAAAUUUGUAUUUAAUUUAUUAUGUAUUACUUAUAUAUCUACAUAAUUUAUUGUUAAAAUGAAUAAAUUACAAAAUUAUGUUUAAAACUACAAUGUUAUAAUUUCUGUUGAUAAUCAUUAAAUAAAUAAAUUAAACAAUUAAUAAUUAAAACAAUAAAUUUAACAAUUAUCAACUGUUUUAGGUGAAAGUGAUGCACAAACAACUUUUGAUGUUUCAUAAUGCAACACUGGCAUAUUUUUCAAACAAUCAUCAAGCACUUGAAACUUCCUUAAAACAAUUUAAUGUUAAACCUAAAUCACCUACUGCUCCUUCAGUAGCUGCAUCAUGGUUAGAAAAAUAAUUUAACUAUACAAAAUGAUUCCCAAAUUUCUUAUUUUACUUUUAUUUAAAUUGUGAAUUCAAUUACUUUAAAUUUAUUUGUUUAUUUUACACUGUGAUAGAUCUUAUUCAUUCAUUUUUGUUAUUUUAUUGUUUUGGCUUAACAUAUAAGUAAAUUUCAUCAAACUAUGUAUACUAUUGACAUGGAUCUGAAUUGAGUAUAUUUGUUAUUUAUUUCAUUUUUUAUUCACUGUAUUGUUUUGGCUUUUCAGCUAAUAUAAUUUUAGCUUUAAAAUAAGUAUAUGAUUUAUAAAAUAUCAUUAAAUUUUAAAUUGUCAGUCUCUUUAUUGACUAAAAGUUAAUUAUAGAAUUUGAUUUUACAUACUAUUCACAUUAUGUUUUAGAAAAUAAGUUACUAGUCACUAAAAAUUAAUCAACAUAUGUACAUUAUAUUUGUUUUUUAAAGGUACAUUUUAAAGUGUAAAAAGGUUAAAUUAUUAAAGAAAAAAGAAAACUAAUAUUGUUAUAUCUUUUACACACCAACUACUGUCUUUUCUUUCUUUUUAAUGGAUUUUGCCGAACCAGAGUUCCGAGACCCGAGAAUUUGAUCACCAAGAUAACAUUCAUUCUGCUCUUUUAUCCACUUUGGGUACUUCACACCAACUCCUGAAUAAAUGUUGUAUGCCUACAACAUUUUAAGUUCAAAAUAAUAAAUAUUUGAUAGGAAAACAUCACAAAUAAUAGGGUAAAUGUUUAUUUAUUUAUAUAUUGUUUACAUUCCAACUAUUUCCAUUUGAUCCUAUCUCCCACUUCAUAUAUACCAGCUGUUCUCAUAUCUUUCUCAAUCGCAUCCAACCAACUAAUUUUUAGUCUUCCUCCCCAUCUCUUUCUUCCUACAUUUAACUAUAUUAAUUACCAUUUUUACUGCUAAUUCCUCUCUUCUGAUGACAUGCCCAAACCAUCUCAGUCAACUUUGUCAUUCUGUUUGUUAUCAAAGCCAUACCUAAGUUACCUCUUAAUGUAUUAAAUUGCCUAUUCUUCUCUUAUCCUAUCUUUUCUCAUUACUCCAAUCUUCCACCUAAGCAUUCUUAUCUCUGUUACAGUCACUUUGUUCUUUUUUCUUUCUAUCUCCCAGUACUGCGAACUAUAUAAAAUAAUUCUACCAUACAUCUGUAAAACUUAAUUUUAAGUCUUAUUGAAAUUCUCUUAUCAAUUAAAGCUUCACGUCCUUAUGAAAGCCAAUAUUCUUUUGUACAUAAUAGCCUAAGUACUUAAAAUUCUUAACCUGGCUUAUUGUCAUUCGGUGUCUUGUCUUGUUCCUUUAAAUUCAUACUAUGUUUUACUUCUACUUAUCCAUAGUAACUUUCCUUCAAGUGCAACGUGCAUUUCUUGCCCAAAUUGGAGCGCAAAAUUCAGUCACACUAUUUAUCAGUGAUAUUGCGGAUGUCUGUAGAACUUGCAUUACUUCUCUAAUUCAAACUUGCUAGUUCAGAUAUGAUUCUCAGCUUAAACUUAUUUUUACUGCCUCCAUAUGUUUUUAUAGGUCAAAGACCUGUCAAUCUUCACCUCAGAUAUCUUAGGCUUUCUUUAUUGGUGAUGAAAUUGUCACUGAUCUUUGUUUGUAAUUUCCAUUGUACUUCCUGAUUGUUAAGAUGGAAAGGGACGGCUGCAGUUUUUUUCAGAUUAGAAAUGAGAUGUCAUUUGGUGAAAUAAUUGUGUAGAUUUAUUAGCUCUUGAUUUAGCAUAUCUUCCACUAUGGUGAGAUUGGACUACUAGUGCUAUAAGUAUCAUCAGCAUAAAUUAAUUUUCUUAAAACUGUAUUAACUAUAUCUGAUAUGUACCUACAUAUUGAGCAAAUACAAUGACAGUCUUGUGGGAGAUAAUUAUAUAGGUACUUAUAUGACUGACCUUGUCUUUUAGAAACACAUUACAAUUCUAUUAGACAACAGGCUUUUUAUUAAGCGAAGUAUGCAUCUCAGAAUUUUUGUUAGCUUUAGCUAUCCGGAAUUCCCAUAAAUAACUGGUUGUAGAUAAAAUUUUGUCCCGUGAUCACUAUUUCAAUGAAAUAAAAAUGGAUAAUUUUUAAUGGAAUAAAUAAUUAUACUAUGUUCAUGCUAAAUACAGUAACGACUCUCUAUCGAUAACUUGAAUGAACAAAAUUUUAUUUACAAUUAAUUAUAAUUGGAAUAAUUUGAUAUCGUUUUUAGUGAAUGAAGGGGGAUUCCCUUUAUUGUCCCCCUUGUACUAUGGUGUUUUAAAACCAAAUCAAAAAUCCUUGUAAAUAUGAUUUUUAAAAACAAAAAUCAAAAUCCAAAGGAUUUGAAAUCAUGCCCAGCUUUGUGUGAAUUGACAUCAUCUCCAGACUGUUCGUUAAAGAGUAGUUCGCAGUUCUUUGUCUAAGGAAUGCAAUUUUGACUGUGAUUGUUGGUCUUUUUGUUUCGUUUUCGACGCAUUUGUCUCUUGUAUCGUUAGCACUUUGAUCUAUUUGAAAAUGUCGCCUAAUAUUUUUUUGCUUUUCUUUUGUGAAGCCCUCCACAUCGAUCUGGACAAUCUUUAUUAUCUAUUUUCUCGUAUUUAUUGACUAUCGAGUCUUGGUUAUCAUAUAUAUGUUUGUUUUUUAAUUUUAAAUUUAAUUCGAGUUUGGUGUUUAUCUUGAUUUUGCGGCUAAAUUGUGAAAAACUGAAGCUAUUGUUUUUUAUUUUUGUAUCACGUAAAUACGUAAUGAUAACGAUUGUCGGUGGGACAAGGAGAGUAAGAGAUAGGUUUGGCGCAGUGAAUUUCCCCACUUAGACUAUAAAGUAAUAUUCAUUCGAACUUUGAAAGAACUACUUAUCUUUAAAUAUUUAUCACAUGAAGGACGAUUAGAUAUUCAACACACUAUUUUAAAUUUAAAAACAAUUAAACAAUUAUAAUAAAAUUAAGCAUUUGUCAUAACUUUAUGAAUAAUAUUUUAAAUUGUAAUAUUACGAAAAUAUUCAAUACUAGUAAAGAGCGGGAAAAAUAAGAUACUGCUGCUAUAUCGACCACAUCACGUCGUAAACGCUGGUCUUCUGGUUAUUUAAUUUGGUUACUAGUUUAAAACAGGGGGAAAAAAACAGCCCAACUGUAUUUUAAAUAUCGUAAAUAUUUAAACCGAUAAACCGACCAUUUAUUUAAGCCAAAAAUUAAAUUAUCAGAAAAUAUUUAAGAAGAAAAAUAUUUCGGCUGAAAAUAAAAUAACCAAAUAUAUUUCAGCCAAAACGUCCAAAACUACUGAUUAUCAAGUUGUAAAUUUUUCAUCAUUGUUUUUAAUCAGAAAAGAUUGAAUUAGAAAACUUUAAAGUUUGAACGUCAAUAUGUUGAACAAAAAUUUAAAAUUUUGAAAGAACGUGC